AAAAAGUUUAACAUUAGCAAUUGUAUUUACUUAAUGGCGGUUAUAUCUUCACAUGUGAUUUCGUUUGAAUAAUCGAGAUAAAAAAGAAAAAUGGAUUUGUUGGGAAGUAUUCUCAAUUCGAUGGACAAACCGCCGACAAUUAAAAAUGAACAGAAAGAAUUAUUAAAAAAGCAAAAAGAACAGAUGAUUAAAAGACAGGCUGCAGAUAAAGCAAAUUUGAAGCGAUUUCGAGAACAAAUUGAAAAAAGAAUAACAGAAUUCAUAAAAGAUUCCAGCAUGCAGAAAUUUAAAUUUGAGCCUAUGGAUAAAGUCAGUCGUUCCAUAGUGUAAGAAUAAAUUAAUUGU